AUGAAUAGUGUGGUAAGUCGUUACCCUGAACUUGCACUGCAGUUGUUGAAAUAUUAUCCGCUGCUUGCAUCCCGAGGUCUGAUUUUUGCGAUAAUGAGGAAGCAUUGUGAGUCUAAGAGUUGUAGCGGCCAAGCGGUGAUGGUGUACGCUCAGUACGCCAAAACAUCAGGCCAUAUCCCAAGUUGUUAGAAGCAGGACACCAUUUGGUUAGGACACUUUAUUCUGUGCAGAAUAGUGAAGGGGAAUGUUGGCAACCGGACGAGGAUGCGUCCGGCGCCGCAGAGGCGGCGUCCGCGAGAGCGACGAGCCCUUUGUCGCCGAAGGUCGCCGCUGCGAAAGUGUCGUGGCAGAUUGUUUACGCUAGUGUUCUGGGCUGUGCCCGCCAAUGUACCGAUCAGCGAGAGGAGGUGCGUUGAUUGGCUCCGAGCCCACGCGAAGGUAGUGACAAGCCUCGCAUGGUGCAGGCAGAAAAUCGAUCAGGUGCGUGGUGCAGACAGUGAAUUGCAACGAGACAAAUCGAAGCCGGGCAGACGUGCGUGCCAUAGCAGGCUGUCGCUAGGACUUAGGUGCAGGCGCUAGCGAGAGGCGCGACGUAGCCAUUAUGGUUGUCCACUACAGAGUACCCCUUCUCUGCCUGCGACGGCGUAGACUUCACGUUUCUGGGUUUGCUUCCAUUGGUCAAGUGUUUUCGUUCCGCGUUAUGUAGACUAGAACAGAUUGUGGUCAGAUCAACGUCCUGCUUAUUAUGUGGUUACUCUUCUGAUUACGAGGAUGAAGUAUAUUCGAGGACUGUCUUCCCAUCGUUUGAUCGAAGCAACGUAGUCAAUCUGGUCAUCCUAUCAGCGAAAAAGAGGAAGAAUGGGCGCUUGGCAAUCUGCUCACGAUGGAGUCUUCUUUCUCUGAAUGCCAGGCUAAGAGGCUAGAUAAACCAGCUUUUGCAAUCAGUCACACCACAGCCUUGGGUUCAGACGGCCUGGCGAUAUAACCCCCAACCAAUAUAACUGGAUACAUCCAAAACCAACUCCUCCGCCAACCGGAUUAUGACCUGUGGUUCCCUUCGGAUAUUCGCAAGGCCUUCCAUAGUCAUGCUAGAUUACUCCCAGUGAAUCAGUCCGGUUUAGUCCUAAAUCACCUAAUUGAAGAGGUAAAUCGGUUGCUGGAAACUAGGCGAGUAGCUCUCACCUGAUUGGUUGUAGUUGAGACCGAGGCCAUCACUGUCUUCAGCAAGCGUCUCGUCAGUCACCAGAUUAUAAAAGCCCACGUUGGUGGUACGUGAUUAGCUGCACUCGCCUGGCCGCUGUUUUGAUUUGACUUUGUGUUUGUAGUUUUUGUGAUGUGUUUGCCCUCCAAGUGACACCAGAUAAAACUGUAUUGUGCUGUGUCUGUGGACGAGAUGAAGAAAUUGUGCCACUCCUGAAAUCCUGUAUGACUUCUGAAGUUGCCAACGACAGCAGUCAGACUUGUGUGCGGCAACGACUUGUACAUGUUUAUGUCAAGGUGUUCAUUGCUGUGUUAGCGUUGUUACUUUUCGGCGGAAUUAUUUUUCAGAAUUUAUCGAUUACUCUCAUUUACCGCUCGAUUCACAAGUUUCUCCUCUCUCUCUCCCCUAGGCUCUUUCAAAGCCUAAAUUGGGCGAUUUCCGCAUCGUCUGCUCUUUUACAUGCUAUACUCUGCUCUCACUCCCUCCCUCUCUCUCUCUCGCCGUGACGACAAUCUUGCUUGGCAGGAUGCGUGCGAGAUUCACCGCACAGGGUGUGCUGCCUCAGUCCUCGUCUACCACCACCCCGUCCACUUUGCAUUCCUGCCCACCAACUUGUUCUUUUUUUACUUGCGUUUUAUAAUUACCCGCGUGUGCGCUCGCGGAUUUAACAUCGUCAACUUUAUCUCCGAGUUUGAUGUUAAGCACUUCUACUUACCACCGCUCUGCCCUCCCUCUCUCCCACACUGUUUUCACAUUGAAAGCACCGGAGUUUGCAGAACAUGCAAGAUCGCCUGUGAUUUGCGCGCUAACGCUGGUACCGCUUCUGAUGCUGGAUUCUUCAUAGUUGUAAUGUUACCGCUGAUAUUGUUUUCUACUUCGCCUUUUAUAGGGUCACUUGGCCCGCUGUAAAAAGCCAAAGUCGUGAAACGAAGCCACAAAGUACCUGUGUUCUGUUUUCGCUCGUCUGAGCUGUACAGUAAAGGCUCCCAUUUCACUGCCGGGUGGGUUAGAUUUCUACGGCUGUAGAAUUCAGCCGUGCGCGAAGGUUUGUCUGCACAAGAACCGAACCUGAGGCAAUCCGAUUGCUAUCGACCCAGUGAACCGAACCUUCCCACCUUCCCAAUCACUGUUCAUUGUUUCAAACGGUGCAAUUAGGAAAUUAAUUCGUUAUUGAAAAGCACUCAUUCAAGGGUAGUGCAGUCCCCCAUCCAGAGAAAAAGAACUAUCCAGAAGAGUAUUUGGCGAGCAUACGCGUGCUUUCGACAAAUUCUCAUCGAGCCUGUACGUUUAUAUGGGAACGAGGUAUACGCUGAAGUGUGUGGGCGGUAAGUGCAAUCGAUUACGGUUCGUCCUUUCAUACAAAUGUAAUAUGUGGAUAGAGUGGGGGGAAGGGGGCAGCCAGUGACGAUGAGGGUUAGAUUGAGUCGUGUCACAGGCGGGGGGAGAGGAAGGGGGUCGGGGCGCGAAGACCUGCAUACAACCAGUCGAUCCUGGCCCACGGUAGACACGGAGCGUGCAAGAGGUUCUGCGCGCACAGGACCGGCCUCUACAGCCUGAUGGCAGUCGCUUCUGCCGUAGCUAGUAAGCGCUGACCCAGUUACUUAGGGUAGUUAGGUGGGACCUUGUAAAUCACACAGGAGGCUUCGUUGGGAUCCGCACGGUGCUCAGAAUCAACCAUGUGUGCGAGGAUGGGGCUGUGCAUGCUCUUAACUUCACCUUUCUUCAGCCCUUGCCGGGAGGUGUUCACGUACUCUUGCGGAGAGGCGCUGACUCGUACGACCAAUAUAGCCUGCUUCACAGGAAGGAAGUAAAGGAGUAAAUGCAUAUGGAUGCGAAGCAGUUCAGAGGAAGAAAGUGCGAUCAUUGGAAGAAGUGUACUGGCCUGAGGUUUCGGAUUCUCAGUCGAGCCCAUACCCAGAUGCGGUUACGGGUAAGGGUACUGGGGGCUUACGGACUGCAGUAUUUAUAGUACAUGGCUGUCGUGGGGUUACAUGCGUACUAUCAUUAGCAGCCCUCGUGAUCACCGCUGGGGGUCGUAAUUAAGGUGAUGAUUGCUGGUCAGUUCGCGUCUGAGUCGUUUAUUGCAGCAAUUUCAUCAUCCGUAGUGGAUUUUGGCGGGAUGGUUACUCAGCAGUUUGGCUGGCUGUCACUGGGACUGUUGCCCUCCCGCGUCCCCCCCACGUGACUUAUUCCCCUGCUCAGGGAAUGUCUCAGCACCGAAUAUGGUAAUGGGAGGUCAUUGCGCUUGUUGACAUAUUGCGGGUCUGAAAACCACGGUUCGAGCGGCUCACGCGGUUGUCGCCUCACAAGGAUUUCAGUUUCUUGAAAAUAUGACCGGCUCCCCUGGAAUGAGCCGCCAACUCAGAGCUAGCCCCGAGCGAGAAUCUGAGACGUCAGGUCAAUACAUUUUUUGUUCCAGCGAUCGCAUCUUCCUCUGAACUGCUUCCUUCAUGUCGCCUGUUCGCUUAUAUCGGCAGAAGUAAUUAUGUAUGUAUUUAACUCCAGGUCUGUGUUUAGAUGAUCACUCGUAAAGUUUUGUCGAGCUUCGCGAAAGAACAAGUAAUGGAGCUCUCCUUUUAACUAUUCUCAUGUCCGUAAAUUAUACGGCAUUUGGUAUUGCUAAAGAAUCUUUUGAAGCACCUGGGUGGUGGUCGGGUUAGUUCCAGUCCAGAAAGGGUUUGAAAACAACAAAUACACUUUUGGAAAUGACUGAAGCUAGCCAAGGUUGCCUAGAAGUGUUGAUAACAUUUGGAGAUCAGAGCCCGAAUAAAUUAGCUCUUUGUCGCACCCCUUUGGACAAAAUCUAACAUCCUUGCUGCCUAGAUCGAUUCGAGGGCUUGCUUAAGUGACUCCUUUAUUGGUCAUGUCAGCCUGGCAACCACUUGUGGUCGCAUGAUAUUCUUCUUGCGACACUUCUUAGAGUGCUUUGGAUUCCCAAAUUCGUACGGAACCCUUAACUGAAGGUCUACCGGUUGACUUUAGUUCGGUCUUGCGGUAAACCAACCCACCUGAAUGUUCAGUUACUCAAUGCCCUUCUUUUACAUCACGGGAUGAUUUAUGUCAAUGAAUUUUUUUAAUGAAACCAGAUGUAUAAAUCUAAUCAGGACAACCAUUUACCAUAAAUUUCCUCAUAUAAGGACUUCGAGCAGACCCACAGGCAACAACUGGUAGUAAACUUACUCUAACAUACUGUAUGAACAUUUAAUCCUAUUGCUUCCACUGUUGUAUGCGCUUAAAGAAGAUGUACUAUUUCAUUGAAUGUUGGCUAAGGUUUUGAAGUGUGUUUUCAAUUCGACAAGAUUAGUUAGGUUGGGUCGUCAUAAUUAUUAUCGACGACUUUUUCCAACUCGCCACUACAACUUACCUCCGGGGACAUCCCUUUAAACUACGUGUGCCCCAGGGUAGAUUGAAUGUGAGAAAGCAUUUCAUCUCCAACUGUGUCGUGGAACCUUGGAAUAACCUGUCCGAGACGAUCUUUAUGUCUCAAUCUGUGGAAACAUUUGAAUGUCGGCUAGGCGGACAGGCUGCAGAAACAAGCGGACUCUGUGAGUUCGUAGCCAUAAGACCAGUGACCUAUGUGAAUCAAUGUCUGGAUUCACUUAAUGCUGUACUUUCUCCACAUUUUUUCUUAUUUUAUCGAUUUAUAUGUACAAAUAGGGAGUUCAAAGACGUAAGCCUAUUUCCCUCAAAUACACCGACUGACCGACAUAUCUCAGCCACAUUAGGAUGCGGGCUUUCGAAUGAGCAUCUUCUCGAUCGCUUGCACAAAGCAUAUCCCGUAAAUGAUGACUACUUCAGUAGGAUGAUUUUUUCCUACUGAUGUUUUUGAGUUCCUUAUAAGUUCAAAUAUUUUAUGGAGAACACGUACAAAAAUAUUUUUUCAUUUGCUCCGCUUGUAUAAAAUUGCGUCUUCCUGAAAUUUUCCCCUAAAGGAAAAGUAUUUUGUGGGUUUGAAAACUCUCAAUCUCCGAAUAGUCUGAACACGUCCUGCCGUUACGUUUGCAUUCAACGUUUUCGAAUCGCAAGUUAAAUGUUUUUCGUGCACGCAAAAUUCUACAUUCCCAUAUAGUUUUACGAAGAGGAAAUAUAGGGUUUAUAAAAUUUUGGAAUGAAUGUGGACCGCAUUGUUCACUUUAUAAUCAGCGUUAGUAAAUGUGUUGGUGCAAGGCUGAACAAGUAGACAUUACGCGGUCGUCAAAAGUCUCACGAUCAGAAACUUUUUCAAAACCGAAAGGUAAUCUUUCUUUAAAUAUAAAAUUCGAAUAUGCAAUUUGUUGUUAAUAGAGUAAACGUGAGAAGAUUUAUAUGCGUGUCCUCUAUAAAAUAUGUUUGUAUUUAUAAGGAUGUCCAAAUCAAUGGGAAAAUUCAUGCUUCUCAAGUAGUCAUUUUCACGGAGUAUAGCUGGUGUCAGCGGUCAAUAAGUAUCUCUUUCGAAAGCCGGCAUCCUGGCUUGACUGGACUAUCUUAACAUUAUGCUGCACGAUAAAAAUCAUAACCCUACUUAGGUAAUCUUGCUGAAUUUAAAACGCACUUCCGAAUUUCAGUCAACAUUCCAUGAGAUAGCAUGUAUGUUAUGAUAGGAAUUAAGAUAUUUUUAGCUUAACUACUUAAGUGUACGGAUCCCACGUUAACGAAUUUUCCAGACAACUCUGGUCGUUUAUAUGGGUUAGUGUGCGAUUGUAGACACAUGUCAGGUAAUUUGCUUCUCGCGUGCAGGCUAGGCGCUCAGUUGCCGAGAAACCACUGUACAGAUAAUCGCCAUUGCGUCAGCGGCGACAGUUUGCGCCUGAAUCACGCAUACCAAUAACUUUUGAAUUCUCAUUGAAAUUUAUUUUAUUGCUGUUUUGGAUAUGAAUAAUGAGCUUACGGGCAAAAACCUCAUUCCAUUAAUUAACUGGGUUAAACUUGACUGAUUUAUACAUGCUCUGAUGCUGUUCGGUCUAAAUAUUCGCACUUACCUCGUUGUCAAUUCCAACGCGAGUGCGUAUGAGAACGGCAUUGUUUUCUUCAAAAACGGCGGUAUAAUUGCAGUGUCGCAACACUCUGAUUCGCGGCGAAUCAGAGCGUUGCCACACUGAUAUCAUACCCAGACAGUAUUAUCUGGAAACACUUGCAUAAAAAACCAACAGUCUUCAGGUAUCGUUUAGGUACGGGUUUUUUUAAUAUCGCAAACUGGUGGAAGUGGGAAUACCGGUGGCACACUGGCCGGCUGAGUAACCGAAAACGAUUUCCAGUUGGGUCAUUGUCGAUUUACCUCAGUAUUCAGUAUAUUUGAGGGAAAUCGGCUUACGCCUUUGAGCUCCCUUGUUGUUUAUAAAAAUCUAAAAAAAGUUAGCAACAACAUAAAGAAACGUCAGCAACAAGUGAAUGCAAACAUCGAUUAACACAGGACACUGGUUUUUUAUAUGGUUACAAAGUUACAUAUUCUGCUUGUUUGGUGGGAUAUAUGCCUGUCAAACGAUAUGUAAAUGCCUCCAUAGACUGAGACAUUACAGUCGCCUCGGGCAGCUUAUUUCACGGUUCCCCGGCAGGGUUGGAGAAAAAAUACCUUCUCAUAUCUAGUCUUCCUUUGCGAAGAUGUAUUUUGAAGAGAUGUCCUCGGAGGUUAUUUGUCGUAGCGAGUUGGAAAAAAUAGUCACACGGAGGACGCAGUCCAAGCCACGCACGAUACGAAAAGUUUAUAGAAAUUCUCCGCGCAAAUGCCUAUAACUCAGAGGAUAGACAUCAAGGUUGUUCAGGCUGGUCUCGUAAGGCAGUGUACUUUGACCUCUUACUAAUUUUGUGGCUCGCCUCUGCACCUUUUCGAAUAAAUGACAAACCUGCUGCGUACAUGGUCUCCAAGCCUGAAUUGCAUAUUCAAGCUGCGGCCUUACAAACGUGCAAAAAAAAGAAGCAUUCUUCAUUGAUGACUGCGAAUGUCCGUCUGAUGGCAUACAGCAUUGAAGUUGCGGCUUUUGCUGCCUUGUGACAUUGUGUUGACGACUUUAACUUGUCUGCAACCCAGAUCCCGAGAUAUUUUUGAGGUUUUGUUUCGCGGAGUAGCAUCCCGUCUAGAAAUUAUUGUCGUGCAUAAUGGACCUGAUUUGGAUUCCCGAGAGGGGGUAUGGUGUAUUUGUUCUAACAGAAGAACAGUAGCCAUCUUCGGGACCACUCGUCCAGUCGGCAAAGAUUUUCUUGGUAGUUGGUCUCGUCGGCAGCAUUGCGGAUGACUUUCCAUAUUUUAAUAUCAUCUGCAAAUAUGGCAUAAUCACAGUCCAAUCCCAGUCUUCUACACAAUCAUUAAUGAACAAGAGAAAUAGUCUGUCCGGGCACUGAGCCUUGCGAGACCACUCUCUAUGACUGGGCGCCUUCGUAGUUGUUGUUGUUAUACGUAGACAAUUUGGAAACGGUCGCCGGGGAAAUUUUCGAUCCAUUUGAGAAGUUUGCCUCCGGUGCCCAUGGCUCUCGAUUUUUACAGGAGACGCUCGUACGGAACACUGUGGAACGCCCACCGGAAAUCGGUAUAGGCCACAUGCACAGUGUGUUUCGCACCCAGUGCUCUUGUCCAGCUUUGCCUUUUGUAUAACAAGUUCGUUGCACAUGAUCUUCCCCUACGAAAACCUUUUAUGUGCAUUCGACAAGAGGUUGUUGGUUUCCAAAUAAGCCAUCAAUUUCUUUUUGGUUUUCUCCACGACUUUGCAGCAAAUUGAGGUCAGACUGACUGGUCUGUGGUUUUUCGCAAGAGCACGACUGUCGUUUUUGUAAAACGGUGUAAUGUGGAUCUUUUUUCGGUCUGUGGGAAGGAUUCCAGAAUCCAACGAAGCCUUGCACUAAAAGCAUAGCGGUUUGGCCAACUCACGGGAACGUUCAGAGGGCAGUUUUAUGGGGAUCUUGUCGGGGUCGGGCGAUUUACAUCCCUUCAAGCUUUUUUGUUCUUCCAAAAUCGCCUGUUCUCGUGAUACAGUAUUUUCAAUAAUCAAAUAACCCAUGCUAUUAGCAAUGGGCAAAGUUAAAACUGCUUUUCUUUUGAAAACUGGUCAGAAGAACCGAGAAAAGGGCUCAGUUUUGUUUGUGCUGUCCGAUAUCUCCAGACCGUCAUCAUUACUCCUGGCAGGAAUCGCAUUCUUGCUACGGGUACUUUUACGCAAAUAGCUGUAGAGCAGUUUUUGAUUUGUACCGGUUCGGUGGAGCAAUUGACUCUCGAAAUCUUGCCCUCUCUGGAAAAUUAAGCCCUUCACCUUGUCUUAUUAGACUUUAUAUUCUGCAAAGGCCGCAUUGUUGUUGCUUUCGUGUAACUUCUUCCGCGGCCUUCCUGUCUUGUUGAUCUCCUUUUCGAGAUUUCUUGUUAGCCACAGAGGUCAGUUAGGUUUCCUCGGCUUUGAUAAGGGAUAGUGGCUCUUCAUCAGAUGCAAUAACCGACUCUUUUAUAAAUUCCAGGCCUCGUUGACGUUCUUAGAGAAGAGGACAUCACAGUCUAUUUAUGACGCCUUAGCCCUCAUUUGACAUUCACUUCGUGAUACUUUAGCGGAGGAGGUAUGAUUAAGCGCCAAUAUCAUGCGGUUAUCAGCAACUUUCUGACAACGGAAUAAUGAAAUAAGGAAAUGUUCUACUGCAGACAUCCUACGAUGUAACUACCGACCACUUUAUCUAAUCUUUCACUUCAAGUCCAUUUUCGCAACAACCAUUCACCGAGUAGAAGGUCCUUACUUGGUGUAAGAAUGUCUUCCGUGCCUGUAGAAUCCCCAUGCCGGUUAGUUUAUAUUACAAGAAAUACCGUACCUCCUCCAGAUGUACGCAUAGACUGUUUCCCUUCAGCGAGCCGCUCUUCCGUAGAUAUCGUUUUAACUGAAUUCGAUAUCCCUCAGUGGCAUUGGUAUGUUUAUCAGCUGACGGAACAUCGAAGUUCUUCGAGUGAUUUUCUGUGAAGUGGGUGUAGCCCAGUGCUGUAAGUGGAACACAACCUUUCCACUCAUCGGGUACGAGGACACUUCUGCGUACAACCCACUUCCUAAUGAUUUUGGUGAGAGAGGCCGCACUUCGGUCAUUAAUUUGCUCAAAACGGCUCUUUUGUGACAAGUUGCGUAAAUAUCGAUCAUCCAGUCCUGCCGUUUUCGGAUUCCGACGUCGUAUUUUCUUCCGUUAACGAAGGCUUCAUCAAGCUGAGCCUCUAUACCCUCACCACCUACUCGGGUGACUUCUCGUCGAAGAGUGUUAGAGCAUAUGUUUCUUCACACGGCGUACCACGAGACUCCUGUUUUACGCGACAUAGCAAUCUUAUCUGCAUAUUCUACCACCGGCGUGCACCAAACGAAGCCCAGUACAAUUUUUAGUACUGUCGACAUUGGAAGCCGCCUAUUGUUAAACAUGGAGCGAUUUCUUAUGGAUUUCGUUUUUCAACAUUUGGUACAACGAAAUGCUACAUCACCUUUUGGCAUAUGCAAUGUUUUCAGUUGCAUUGGGCUUCCGCAAAUGCAGUUCACUUGAAGCGCAAUGAUCUUUUUCCCGGACAGUGCUCAAUACCUGUUGGCAACCGUAUAUAGCUUUUUAUGCGUAUGUGUUUUGAAACACUUUGGGCAUGCUGGUAUUUGUCGGCCAUGCUUACUGAUCCACGUAUCAACCGUAUAACACGCUGAACAAUUUAAGUUGUUUUUCGAUAGUGUUUGCCUGACUUUUGUGACUUGAUGCUGUUUCCAUGAAACAUCAUUUGCUACUUAGUCAUGCACACCUUCUAACCGUGGACUGUUUUUAAUUACCUAACUAACUGCCAGACGAUGGCUUAUACGACUACGAUGAUUAAAUGUGAGCAUUGAUCAUUCUUGUGUAGGCAGGAUGAUCUGGAUAGCCAAGGUUGACAUGAGCGGUGAGCUAUAUAGUUGCACUGAUAUCGUAUCUGAUUGGUCUUGUCACUGCUAACUGACAAGGCAUCUACUCACAAGCCGUCUACACUUUCCUUUCAUACCUUCGGUUCAGUUUUGUUUUGAUGGUUACUCUUUUCUAUGGCGUCCCGUUUCCCUUAGGCUUCCUUUACGGAGUCAGCACUGUGAGUCGGGUUAGGCUUCGAUUGGCGAUUUCAGCAAUGACUACCAAUAUACAGAAGACAUCUUCCGUUCGGAUUGUAUUCAAAACGCGUGCUAGGUAACCCGUCGAUUGGUUUCGGGAAUAUAAGAUGGUCUAUAGACCGGUGGGUGCGUGGAGUCGUUAUAAAUGACAAUCCUACGCCCCGAAAUACUCACAUGCGCACCAGGAACUUGCUCCCACCAAAUGCUGCACAGGGCACUUAAUUAACUCAAAUUACCGUCAAUUGAACGGAUUGGUAUCGUGACCAUGGAAGUGACUUUGAGUUCGUAAUCGUCAACGGCAUUGUUCUGAAAAGGUUAUCUGCCCACCUGUCCACCCACACUCUGUACCUGAGGCACGAUAGAUGUGCUAACUCGUUAAAUGUUAGCCGAAAUUCUGGAAUGCGUUCUCGACCCGAAAGGAUUACUUAAACAGGGUUGUAAAAUUGGUCAUCCAUUCAGCAUAAUCCCAGAAAGAUUCAAUUACUUUAGGAUGCUGGCUUUCGAAGGGAAUGCUUUCCAGUCGCCUGCAAAAACUACACUCCGCAGACAGUGGCUUUCUAAGUGGUAUGGAUUUUUCUCAUUGAUUUUCAAUGUCCUUGUAAAUUCAAAUAUAUUUCAUGGAAACCAUGCAUAAAAAAUAUCCAUCUUGUUAUUCCUUUGGUAGAAGAUUACGUAUUUUUAAGUUUUAUACUCGAAGGAUUGUUAUAAUUCUAAUCCCUUAAUUUAAGGUUGUGGAAUAUCCUUCACAAAACAUCCUGUCUGUGCAUUUGCUAAUGCUGCUUCUAGUAUUUACGAUAUAGCUUAAAUCCGCUGCUUAAUUUUAAUAACCCCAUAGGCGCUCUCCUUGAUAACAGGUAAAAAUGGAUGACUUUUCGCGCACGGAAAAUAUACAGCUUGUAGUUUGCAAACUCUGAAUGCAUGGGUAACGGCACGUCGGAUUCCAAGUUAAUCGGGUAUGGGAAACGUUUUUAAAACCGAAUUAUACCCUAUCUUCCGGUAUAAGAUUUGAAGAAAACGUAAUUUUCUGCCAAAUGAGUAAAGGAACGAAUAGUUUCAUGCACGGUUUCCAUGAAAUAUAUUUGAAUUUAUAAGGGCCUCGAAAAUAAGCGAGAAAAGAUUAUACCACUGAAAUUUUUUUGCAGAUCGUGGUUUUUGCGGGCGGCCAAAAAUAAGUUUGUUCAAAAUCUAGUAUCCGGAUGUAACUGAAUUAUUAUGGGAUUAUGUUGCCCGCUGAUGAAUACUGCCACCCUACUUGGGUAAUCUUUUCGAGUCGAAAACACAUUUUAGUAUUUCGAUUAACAUUUAAUGAGUUGUCAUGUUUACUGUACACUGCAGCCAACGGAGUUUACAGUUACUAACUCGCACGCUCACUUUUAUACUUACAGAGUGAAUUUCCCCAAGAUAACCAGACGAAGUCUGUCAUAAUAGUACGCUCAAUCAUGUAGGCCGAGGGCGGCAGGGGGGAUGCUAGUAAAAAUGCCAUAAUUUUUAAAUUAAACCUUUCUUGUGAUUUAUUAUACUGUAAUAUUGAAGUUAAAAAUUUACGCGUCUCAGAUUUAGAGAUCAAACCGUAAAACUUCGGUACAGUAGUAUACCUCAUCAGUGAGCCGCCUAGGUAACCUAACCAGUAUGCCAUGCAGGUCCAGGUUGGGUUAGAUCAUAAUCGCAUAUUCGUAAAUGCCUGAAUCUCUUACUCAAAUACCACAUACAGCAACCAUACCGUCAGUAGUUUUCUUCGACUGACAUGCUGUACCAUUAUUACUUUCCCCCAAAUUACUUUUCUAUUCAUUUUUCUACUUAAUCGGCCACCUCUUUUAUCAGUACGGAAAGCAGUCUAAGGGUGAGUUCGAAAAUGUUUCCAAAUGAACGCAUUACACCAUCUCCGCUAACCAUUACUCUGUAUUAGAUAUGUCCCACAAUAAAGCAUUCUAACUGCUACACUCCCUUCUUAGAUAUUCAGUAACACCACAGUUGUUCAUUCUGCUGUUUCCUGCCGUGGAAGUCGUAGACGUAAGUUGAAGGGCACGAUGGCGUCUUUUGACAAUGACCACUACCAAAUAUCCUAUACCUAUCCGCUGUUGUCCUUCCGCGAGAAAGCGAUGAAAACCCAGGCCCGAACUUCCCUCCCACGGCGCUAACGACGCACGCACUCACACCCGCUAACUGGUCAUUCAGGAGGCCAUUGCAGUUUUCGUUAUAACCCGACCACUGGAAUGGAAGCAUGACAUGAAGUGCCACUUCCUGCCUUUCCAUAGGCUGCUGUGAUACGACAGAAGUGAACUGAUCCGUCUUUAAUUCGCGAAAGUGGUUUGUUCCGGGCAGCUUUUUUGCGUUUGUGUGCUUGCAGGAUCGACCGCCUGAGGUUACAUCCCAACCAUCGUAGCAGCCUCCAGCUCUACGCUCCCUUUAAUUCAGCCAGAAACUGAUCGAGAUUAUGUCCUCAGAAAAAGCCCUUUUGACCAACCUUAAUCAAGGAUUUGCUAUACUUUAUCUACUCUAUUAUCAUGUCCUUUAUCAUUACAUUUCAAUAAACUGCCCUCCAUACCCCCUGCCUGUUGGAAUACCGUGUUAUUAUGUCUGCCGAGACGCAUGCGCAAUCAUUUGGAUAACCUUUCCCAUUUGGCUGUCCAAUGAAGGACCCUGAAGAAACCGAUGUUUUGAGGCCUUGUGGGCAGCCAUAGUAGCAACGUCGCGACUCUCGCUAGCGCCUGCAGCUACGCCCUGGAGACAGCCUGCUUUGACACGCGCGUUUGCCCGGCUUCCAUUUGUCUCGUUGUGAUUCAGUGUCCGAACCACGCACCUGGUCGAUUCUGUGUCUGCAGCGUGCUCGGAGCCCGUGAACGCAACCGGACGCCAACUAGGCCACUGCGUAAACAAUUUGCCAAGACGCUUUUGCAGCGGCGACUUUCGGCGGCAAACGGCUCGCGGUGUAGCAGACGCCGCUUGCGCGGAGCCAGGCGCACCCUUAUCCGAUUGCCAAAUUUCCUUCAUUAUUCUGUACAGAAUGAAUAAAUAAUCGUCCUCCCAACUGUCGUCCGGAGCAUACAUCAUAAUCCUUAGCCGCUACAUUCUAUCGGGGACAAAGAGAACUUCAGCGUUACCCUGCCUUACCAAGGUCAAGUCAUUUAUGAAGCGUUUUGAUGCAUUUAAACGAAAAUUGGCGGAGACUUUAUUUUUUUAUCAUCGAGCACUAUAUUCAAUGAUUUUUUCGUUUUAAAGGCCCCGCACACACAAUCCCUACUGCCACCACUCCUGGACGGCAGUCGAAUGGGGAAUAAAGUACAUUAAGUGUUAUAACAUUGUUUUCCCGCCACUCUUUUAAAGGAAAAUAUGGCGUCGUGCCGCAAAGAAAAUGCGAUGAAGACUGAACGAUGAGAGGAGCACGGUAGAGCGCAAAUAACUUAAUUGUAAUCUUCUCUCACGGUGGCCGUUGUGAAUGCAAAUUUACGUCCCGAAUGUGUUCUUCUAGCAGUCACUGGAACAAAUGACGGUCGGGAGCUGUGAUUUAUUUUCACUUUUGAUUCUUAUUUCUCUUUGUCUCCUAGCGAAGUUGUCUACACUGGAAGUCCGGCGUUCGAACGGACAUAACUAACCGGCGGACCCGUCCUACGCCCUGAAACCUCCACGAAAUUAACGUUCUGGUCUCAGCUCCGUUUUCUUCUUCGUGUUUUCUCGUUUAUCUUUGUUGCAUCAGUAAAUUUACAUACCACAACUCCUUUUAUUGAUUGGUUGCGAGCUGACGUCAGUGUUAUUCAGGCACAUAUAAAACAAAAUAAUAAAGAGCGGGUCAGGGUCACCGAGCGUGGAGACUGCUGGGAUGAGGACCCCAAAGGCCUCUCUAUCCUAAAUAGACCCUAAUCACAUUGGAUAGGUAGAGGGAGGAAGGACAUUAUAUGCUGACUGUCUACAUGCAAAGGGAACCCCACGGUACAAGAAUAUAUUUGUGACUCUCCGCCUUCUUAAUUCCAUCUGUCUACGCUGCGGCUAGUGACACUACCAUAAAAUGAUAAAUAUACCAUAUUGUUAUAGCAGAUUUUUUUCUACGACAAACUCGUGAACACCAUCCUUUUAAUAAUAUUUUUGCAACUCAUUACUCCGAUGGAUCCUGACGUAUCAUGUAAAUAAUGAGGGCCAAGCCAUCCCAUUAUAGAGGCUAAAAUCCCCAGGAAAUCCCAUAGUGAUAUAAAAUCAUGCUGUGCAUCUAUGAAUACUCAUCCACAUAUACAAAGCAAGUAAAAUUCAGACGAUGCUGUUCUUGGCAUCAAUACUUCUUGUUUUUCUAUCUCUCGUUUCGUUGUAGCCAAUCAUGGAUCCAGAUGAUAUUUCGCGCUAUUUGACUUUGUUUUGGUGACCGCCAUGUCUGGGUGCGGUGAUACUGAUGUGCAGGAUGUCGAGCUCAUGGCCCCUGUUGACUCUACGCCAGACUUAGAACAGAAAUUCACUGCUUCUAUGUGUUCCGGGCAGUUCGGAAGUUUCGAAGAAUUUGAAAGUACUCUCAAAAAUCUAGAAAAAGAGACGGGCAUGCUUUUCAUCCGGAGUGGCAGUUUCAAAAUAAAGACUUCCCCAUCUGAAGCCGAACGGUUUCGGUAUUAUCGUAUGAGGUAUGUAUGCAAGCAUGGCGGGACUUCGCGCGCUUCCUGGCAUCUAACCAACGGUCGCCGGACUUAUAAAUGUGGCUGCAACUCGUACUUUGAGGUGCUUCUGCGGCCAAAAGGCUUUGAAAUAACAAAGUAUAACAUGCAACACUCUCAUCUCACGAGUAAGCCAUUGGCAUCCCAUUAUCCUGAAAAUCGACGGCUUACUCGCGAAGAAGAAUGUCUGUUUAAAGACCUAAUUCUUGACAAUACCGACAAUAAAGGGAUCCGCAAUGUCAUGCUAAGUAAGCGUGACUGCUAUAGUAGUUAUUUGUAGACCAAUUCGGCAAGGAUCUAUCCCUUAA